CCUGCGAGGAGCUGGGAAAUACACACACAACAGCAGAACCACAACACCCUCCCCUGGACACACCCUACUGGGGAUCACUGCUUCUCUUUUUUUUUUUUUUUCUCGAAACCAUCGCCCACGCCACACAGAGAGAAAUCUCUCUCUCAUCACCAUCCUGAAGAAAACCCCCUUCUCCUCAUUUUCACACUGCUGAGGAAACCUACGAGCGCACGGGCUGAGAUUUCCUGACGAAGAUUGUCUUUUUUCCUUUUUCUUUUUUUUUCUUUUCAUUUGGAAACUGACGUUUUCAUUUCUCCAUCCACACCACGCUGUAAGAACUGCAAGCCGGCCUGAAGACCUGCGAAUUGAAGGACCUAGAUCACUAUCAUCUUUGUACAUCAAGAAUGGUUACUAUAAUUAGCACCAUGGAAACUCAGGUGUCCAAUGGUCCGAGCGGAACCAGCCUACCCAAUGGCCCCGUCAUUAGCACUAACGGUGCCACAGACGACAGCAAAACCAAUUUGAUCGUCAACUACCUGCCUCAGAACAUGACCCAGGAAGAGUUCAAGAGUUUGUUUGGCAGCAUUGGAGAGAUCGAGUCCUGCAAAUUAGUCAGAGACAAGAUCACAGGUCAGAGUUUGGGCUACGGCUUUGUAAACUAUGUGGAUCCCAAUGAUGCUGACAAGGCCAUCAACACACUCAACGGUCUUAAACUGCAGACCAAAACAAUCAAGGUGUCUUAUGCCAGACCCAGCUCAGCUUCCAUUCGUGAUGCCAACCUGUACGUGAGUGGGCUGCCCAAAACUAUGAGUCAGAAAGACAUGGAGCAGUUGUUUUCUCAGUAUGGACGGAUCAUCACCUCACGCAUCCUGGUCGACCAGGUCACAGCAGGUAUAUCCCGAGGAGUUGGCUUUAUCCGGUUCGACAAGAGAAAUGAGGCUGAGGAAGCCAUUAAAGGCCUUAACGGUCAAAAGCCCCUAGGCGCUGCCGAGCCCAUCACCGUCAAGUUUGCCAACAACCCCAGUCAGAAGACGGGACAAGCCCUGCUUACCCAGCUCUACCAGACAGCCGCUCGCCGCUACACCGGCCCUCUGCACCACCAGACCCAGCGCUUCAGACUCGACAAUUUACUAAACGCCAGCUACGGAGUCAAGAGCUCUCCUUCUUUCUUCCCCAGAUUCUCCCCAAUAACCAUUGACAGCAUGACCAGUCUAGCUGGAGUCAACCUAACCGGGCCCACCGGAGCCGGCUGGUGCAUCUUCGUCUACAACCUGUCCCCAGAAGCUGAUGAAAGCGUCCUGUGGCAGCUCUUUGGGCCGUUCGGUGCCGUCACAAACGUCAAGGUCAUCCGUGACUUCACCACCAACAAAUGUAAGGGCUUUGGCUUCGUCACCAUGACCAACUAUGAUGAGGCAGCCAUGGCUAUCGCCAGCCUGAACGGCUACCGCCUAGGCGACCGCGUGCUGCAGGUCUCCUUCAAGACCAGCAAGCAGCACAAGGCUUGAAAGAAGGCCUAGUCACUAUUGUUCUUUAACAUACAGGGGAGCCGCUGAGCUCCCUGUACAUUCACUCUACAUGGGCCUGGACUGAGUCUCUCUCUAACACACACACACACACACACACACACACACACACACACACAUUUAGUUUCAAACAAAAACACAUAAGCAGAGUUUCUUUUCUUUUAUCUUUACACAACAUGCAAGUCCUUCCCAACGUUUGCCUGUAUUGAAUUAGCAGAAGUGUGAGGCGGGGCUGGGGAUGACAUGGAGAACAGUCUAAUGAAUGUGACAGAGAAUGUCUGCUGAGAGCUUUGAUUUAAUUCAGGCAAAGUAAGAGAACUGGUCAACGAAAUACUGAAGAAGAAAAAAGAAUCAAAUAUGUGCAAUUUACCCAAAAUCUUGCCCCAGUAACUCUCCUGUCUGGCUUCAGAGGAUGUAGUCACUUUUUUUUACACUUGGGCAUUUUGAAUCAGUGAUUUUUUUUAGAGAAAAAUUAUCAAAUAACAGUGUUCUCUUAUAUAUAUAUAUAUAUAUAUAUAUAUAUAUAUAUAUAUAUAUAUAUAUAUAUAAUGAUAUAAGUAUAUAUUCAACAUUUAAGGUGAUUAUGAUAGCCAAAUAUGUAAGCAUUUUCUAGAACUUUGAAAAACGGUUUCCUGGCUCUACAUUAGGUUGCAACCUCGCCUUAUGGCACCACUCACCAUACAUGAGCUCCAUCCAGACAGCCACUGAACAAACUGUGUGGAUGGUAGUCACAAAUCGAGAGGUCACCGGGGGUCAUAGCAAUCACCUCAGCACACCAAAAGACAAAAUUCAUCAUAGAGACACUCACAUAUGCACACAAGUACCUCCACAAGAGGGCAUAGCAAAGCAUAUCACAAACAUGGUGACCAAGAAUCUCCUUGUAUUUUUCCACUAGUUAGAAUCUAGAAUUGAUUCCACCACAUGCAGUCGUCUGUGUAAAUAGGAGAAUUUCAACAGUGUUCCCAUGGUGAUAGCAUUUGUAAUUCUUUUGAAAAUCUUGCCAACCGACAAUGAAGGCCAACAGCGGCAUCCAGAACCAUGUUAGAACAUUUAAACAAGUUCAUAUGUAAGAACGGUAAAAGGGCUUUAUAUCAGCUCUCCUUGUUAACCUCUCAAGUGGACUUUGAGUUGUCCAUAAGAAGGUAAUGUUGAAUGGGAAAAGCUGUUAUGGAGGUCAGGGGUCAACUUUGCCCUUCAUAACCUUUUAGCUCCAUUCACUAAAGCAGGAUUAUAUCUAUAAUAACCUCUAAAAUUACUUUUAGCCCCUGCAAAUCCAAAAGUAAUGCCCUUAUCUGCAAAUCACACCCACGUGACCUUCAAAAAUCGAAUGUUACCUAAAAAUACUCAUCUCACAAAUGAUAAAUUCCCUUAUAACUUAAUGACAAUGCCCAAGUUGGGACUAGCUGUCCACAACUAGCUGCGAGAUAAACAUAAACUGUUACAUAGGGAGAGACAUCGCUGUGAAAACGCAAAACUUCACGUUAUAUGACAAAAAAGAACUGAAAGAUGUAAAUGUGUGUUCAAAUCAAGUGACAUUUUGCUUUUCUAAAUAACGCUGUGUUAGCCAAAGAGGACAAUGAUCUCUUUGAAAGGAUUACAUUAGAGAUUAAUAUAUUUUUAUAUCUACAAAUAAAAGAAAAACAAGACCUUGUGCAACAUUUUUAGAUUCUUAAGCAUGGAAAUCUUUGAACACACCACAUGGAUUUUAUUUUCUGAGUUUUCGACUUUGGGAAGAGAGGGUCAGUCUGCGGUGUCGGGACUAAGAUUUACACACAGUGGAACCAUUUCAUUUAAAAAAAUAAAAAAAUAAAAAAUUAAACAUAUGAAACAGAUUUACAAAAAGAAGAAUCAGCAGGCAGGUAAAUGUAUGCAUUAAGCUUAAAACCUUUACAGUGAAAACAAGAGUUGCUUCAGUGAAGAUGCAGUGAAGCUCUAUGGCGUCAAGCUGAACACCAUAAACUAGGAGGAGCACUAAACCCAGAGCAUCUCAUCUCCUAUCGGCAACAAAGAUGAAAUAAAGAAUACACUUUAAUGCUUCAGCAUGUUCAGUGCACCAAAAUAGUCGAAAAUUGACAAAAUACAAUGUAGCUGCACUUAACAAUGUAAUCUAAUCCAUAGUGAAUUCUGUUCGCCAGUAUGUCAUCACACAAGGCAAAUGUCGUCAAUCAUUGUGCUGUCUAGAUUUUUUCGUUGUUUCAUUUCUUCUCAACAUAUCUCCUGUAUUCCAUCAUCAGUUCAUACUGGCACCUGACUUUGCUCCUUUGCACAAGCACUAACCAACCAAGGGAUCUUAGCUUUGUCACUUAUGAAGGGAAAAGUCAUUCUAAAACAUUUAGCAAGAGUGUGACCGCACACACAAACUAGCCCCUAGCCACACCCCAUCGCACAUAUCCAAGUGUCUCUGAGCCCUCCACAUCAUAUCCAUUGUAUCAAAACUGUGAUAUACAUUAAAUUAACCCCUCUCAAAUGACAUUUCAUAUUGACAUCGCAAAACAGCCUUUUCUUUCACUACCGCAACAUAUUGGGGAACGUAUCAGUGGUGUGCUCAUAAAUUCAAGAUUUGUCCACCCUUUACAAUUUGCAAUGGGGGCAAGCAAGGGUUGAUACAUUAAUGAGCAACCAGGGCAACUCUGAAUUGCACCUGGCAGCCAAAGGAACAGAGGCAUAGUGGUGUCAUCCCUCUGGCAAAGAGUCCAAACAAGCCCUUUAGCUACAUCCAGAGUGCUCCCAAUCCCCCCGUAAUCUCAGAGAGCCAAGGACAAUGGCAGGAAACAAACAUACUGCACCGCUUGAGCAACUACAAUAAUCAUUAAAAAAAAAAAGACAAAAAAACUUUCCUAUGGAACAGUAAGUGCAAUGUGCUUCAUUUUUAUAUUGACUGAGAACAAAAGAUAUAUAUAUUUUUAAAAAAAGAAAUUAAACGUCACACUGAAAUGGUUUGCAGAGUAGUGAAAGGAUCAAAUGUAACGAACAACGGAAAAAAAAGUGUUAACUAACAGAUUCAUUAUAAGAAUCAAGCAAGCACCGAGAGCUCUGAUCUCUAAAAAAAAUUCAAUAAUCCCUUCCUCUGCCCCCUUAUUAGUGCUCUGACCAUUCAAGCUAAAACAAACAGCCGUCUGUGGUACAGAAAAGAGCAAUUCUAAAAGAUCGUGAAAGGAAAACUGUCUAAAAUAUCAUCGGUUUUAGCCCAUGUUGAUUUCCAAAUAUAAUUUUUCCUGUAAUUUAUUGAUUUACUUUACAUAUCAGAAUCACGUUAACUUAGCGUAUUUGUGUUGUUGAUGUUGCCAUAGAGGACACACGUGGGUCGAAUAUUUCGUUAUGGUUCCUUUUACUGGGUACGAUUUAUUAUAUUUGUUUCCAUAUUUUAUAAUUAGUUGCUGUUCUUACAGUGUAUACAGGUUUUAGAAUUAGUUAGAAUUAUUUCUUUUCAAUCAAAAUGUGUUUAAUUGUGUUUGUAAAAGUCUGUGGUAGCUUUUGUUGCAACAAAUAAUUUAAACAAAAAAAUUCAAUAUAGCGCCAAUGAACUUGUAUUAUUUGGGCGACUUUAAGCUUGUAGUUUUAACUUAUUGUUAACUUAAAAACUAUUUAUUAUCAUUAUUAUUAUUGCCUCGUAUGAAAGUAUGUUUUGUGUAUAUUUAUGGUUAAUUUCAUUAUAUUUGCAAGUUUAAAUACUUUUAAUUUUGCCAAAAUGUGGUUACACUUUUUUGUUUUUCUUUAAAGGGAACAAAUAGAUUUAAAAAAAAAAAAAAAAAAAAGAAAAAAAAAAGCUUUAGAAUUACAAUUUGGAAAAGUUCUCCAUAGGCAAAGAAUGCACUGCUAUAUUAAACUAAUUGAAGUGUAUAAACAUACAUGCUGUGUGCUAGAUGUUAUGCCUUUAAUGCCUGUGUUUUGUUUGUCUUGUUAAAUGAAAACCUUUUGAUUAUUUAAUCGAAUCACAGUCUUGUUUUUCCAACCACGUUCAGAACCCCAUAGUGAGUCAGGGCCCGGGGGGAGACCUGGGGCGGUGAGGGCCGGCCUAGGCGCGGUCCAGCCUAGGGUCUGGACCCUCAGUCAGGCCUAGGGCUCAGUGCACUCGCCAAAUACCUCUCAUUUUGCCUCCAUACAGCCAUGCCUAGGAAAUAAAAUGGGAGUCAAUGGUGGGCUAUAGGGCACAAUAAUGCAGACAUGGGCGAAGAAAUGGCAGCAGGAGGAGAUGGGCAAGGCGAGGCACUGAGCUAGUAAAGGGGUCAGUGGUCACUCUGUUUCUCAACAAGUUGUAUUUUGUGUCAGUUAUUUUAGGAGGGACACAGUUACUUAGCAACGUUCUUAUGAAACCAUUUUCCAGGAAUAACAGAACAAUAACCAAAUAAACAAAUGAACAAAAAAACUAUCAAAAAGCAGAACUCCUGAUCUCAGUGUCUGUGUGUCACGAAUAAAAAUCUCAUCCUUCCAAACAUGAAAAAACGAACAAAGAAAAACACAUUACAAAGGGGAAAAAACAAUACACCUUUCAGUUUAGUUUAGGAUAUUUAUUACUGGGAUUUCAGCUGAAGACGCUUGAUGACUUUUUCAUGGAAUUGUUUAAUUAUUUGUACUUUACAUGCCAGAAAAAAUUAAAGAUAUGAAUCUCA